AAUCUAUUUUUUAUGGUAAUGUGACCUAAGCUACUGGGGUAUCAUUUUUUGUUUAUGAUUAGAAUUUUUUUUAGUGUCUUUCCUUUUUACAUUGGAAACAUAGUCUUUGUUAACUACAUUAUUAUAAAACAAAUCCAUUCAUGUGUGCAUGUCGUGCAUUUGAUGAAUGUACUAUAACCUUUAAGAUUUUUGUUUGUUUGUUUUUUUUCCUAAUCAAAGAUAUUAUGAGUUUAUUUUUCUUGUCUUUCUUUACAAGGAAUUCUGAUUGAAGCCUAAUGGAUAAGCCGACUGAUCCUCCAAAGCGCCCGAUCACUCCAUUCAUUUUCUUUUGCCAAGAACAAUCAAUGGAGUUAAAAAAAACCCAAAUGAAAGUAGACGUGAAGGAUAUUGGGGACAAAUGGAAUCAACUUCCUGAAGAAGAAAAAAAUAAGUAUAUUCAAAUGGGAAAGCUGCAAUCUGAACAAUAUGCCCAAUUAAAAACUGUGGUCCAACAAAAGCCUUCAAAAGUAAAAAUUCAAACCUGGAUUGAGCUUACAUCAAUUUGUAAGAUUAUUAGAAGUUCAGAACUUUGA